GUGCCUUGUCAAUUUAGUAUGAUCGGGGGAGUAAAUUCGCUUAGUACGGGAUACCGGUUGGCUGGCUAGUUUAAUAUUAAAAAUCAGUUAAUCUGUUCGCAUUAACUUCUAAACACAUGUCAAAUAAAAUGAUACACAUGGAGUGUUGUUCGGUAUUCACCGUUUAGGUGGAGUUAACGUUACUUCGUUUUUUGGAAGUCGAUGUUGAGUAACUAUGACUAUGUUGCACAAAAUAUUCGUCAACCUUGCGUCAGCCUACUCACGUUUGCAUGGGAGAACAGGCUGCGUCUGCUGCCCCUGCAGGAAUGUUAUAACCCAAAUUGGAAGGUGGCUUCAAAAGGUACCACCACGGUAUCUGGGUCAGCCUAGCCCCUAUACACAUCCACACAUUCUUAAAUAUGGUGAGGUGACCCCAGGUCUGACGCAGACGGAGUUUGAGCUCCGUCGACAGAAGCUUUCCGCCCUCAUCGCGGCGCAGGCUGAGAGGACACAGGGGGGUCUGUUCGGUUCCCAUGGAAACGGCUCUGCCUCCUUCCACGUUGCCGUGGUGCUCUCUCACCCUAUUCGCUACAUGACCAACGACAUCCCCUACCCCUUCCACCAGAACCAGGACUUCUUCUACCUCACGGGCAUCCUGGAGCCCGAUAGCGCCCUGGUCCUGUGCUGCCCGCCCCGCCCGGAGGGGGCCAUCCUGUUCGUGCCCAGAAGAGACCCAGCACGGGAGCUGUGGGACGGGCCCAGAUCAGGAAUAGACGGGGCGUCUGCACUGACGGGCAUUCAGCAAGUCCACAGCACCGAGGAGCUGGGCCUGGUGCUGAAGAGCUUUAAAGGCAGCACGCUGUGGUACGAUGCAUCCCAGCCCUGCCACCCUGAGCUCCACCACAGCCACGUCGGCCCCCUGCUGGAGGGGGGCACCCCAGUGCAGCCCCUCAGACCCCUCCUGCACUCCCUGCGUGCGGUGAAGAGCCCCUCGGAGGUGGCUCUGAUGAAGGAAGCGGGCCACAUCACAGCACAGGCGUUUAAGAAGACCAUGGCGAUGUCCCACGGAAAGGUGAAUGAAGCUCUCCUCUAUGCUAAGUUUGACUUUGAGUGCCGUGCUCACGGCGCCAACUUCCUGGCCUACCCCCCCGUGGUGGCGGGAGGCAGCCGAGCCAAUACGCUGCAUUACAUCAACAACAACCAAAUUGUCAAGGACGGUGACAUGGUUCUCCUGGAUGGAGGCUGUGAAUAUUUCGGAUAUGUCAGCGAUGUCACUCGCACCUGGCCAGUGAACGGGAGAUUCUCCGCCCCUCAGGCCGAGCUGUACGACGCCGUCCUGGAGGUCCAGCUGGCCUGCCUGUCCCUUUGCCGCCCGGGGACGAGUCUGGACCACAUCUACAGCACCAUGCUGGCUCUCCUGGGACGUAAACUGCGCGAGCUGGGCAUCGUGGGUCGCUCUGCCAGCGACGCCAACUCGCUCAAGGCUGCACGUCGGUACUGUCCGCACCACGUGGGCCACUACCUGGGCAUGGAUGUGCACGACACGCCGACGCUUUCGCGCGCCCAGCCGCUGCAGCCGGGCAUGUGCAUCACUAUCGAGCCAGGGCUGUACAUCCCUGAAGAUGACAAGGUGUCCCCAGCAAGAUUCAGGGGCAUGGGUGUUCGGAUCGAAGAUGACGUAGUCAUCCAGGAAGACGGUGGACCCUUGGUCUUGUCUGCUGACACUCCCAAGACGAUAGCUGACAUUGAGAAAGAGUGUGCAAAGAAAAUCACUUGAGAAGGAAGGGAUACUACUAUUGUAUAGUUUUUAAAGCUUAUGUAGGAAGACUGAGACCUCCCAAAAUCGUCCCUAUGUUUGUGCAUGGUGGAGAAAUAGAGACUAUGUUUUACUAUUACUGCAUAAACACUCAUUGCAAUACACGUGAUACAUGCACCCUAGAACACAACCUUGAAUUUUUUAAAGUUUUGCUUAUAAGAAUUUUUAAUAUUUGCUAUUAUUUCCAGAAAAAAAAAUCCAACUCUUGCGGAAAAUAAUUGUGUCAGGAUUAUUACUGUUGCCAACUGAUUUAUAGAAGAAAUCUAAAUUUGCCUUAUUGGUUACUGACUUUAUAAAUUGAUUAGUUCCUAAGGUUGUUUUCAGCUGGCGGCUUGGAGUAUCUAACCACACAGAAGUGCAAGCAGAAACUGAACUUCUCAAUAUUUUGAAUUUAGUAAGGGAAUGCUUGAGUUUAACUCGACUGCCCCUUUGAUGAGCACGUGGUUACUGCCGAUCCAUGAAUCCAUGAGGUAGGAACCACAUCGGCAGCACGCCAAGCAUCAACCUCCCCUUCACAGACUUCUACUCUACCUCCAACCCUCCCACUAACCCGCUGGAGAAUUAGAAACAACGAGCGGCCAUUUUGUUUACACUAACAGACGGAGGCAGGGAGGGAGUAUUGCGGCUGCUGUCCCCGAUGCUGCCUCGGACCGACACAAACAAGCGGAUGGAGUUGAAGCGAUUAGUGGGUGGCGAAAACCCCAAGGGAGUGAUGCUAUUAUAGGAUAUAUUGGAGAGGCAAAAUUAGCCAGUACGUUUUAUCAAGUGCUAGCCAGACUUAAUGCAUAGAAUUAACAAAAAAGGGAAAACAUCAUAUAUGCAAUCAAUCCGAUAAAUGUAAAAGAAAAUAUGCAUUAUUAUCAUUAAAUCGAAUACCAAAGGGAUGAAUUCCAGAAGGCGUCUGUGACAACAAUAGGACCCGAAGGAGUAGGAAUAUUUGAGGGUUUGGAUCCCAUCUGUAUUUUUGGGAGUGAGUCUUCUCACUUCGAAUUACUCAUAAUACUUGUAACUUGAGGAACCCGGUGCAGUUUCCAAUUUUAGCACAGAGGCAUCCAUGUAUUUGCUUGAUCACAUACUUCCAUUAGAUUGCUUACUCGGCUUUAAAGUAGUAUCUGAUUGCUGUCAAUAGUAUCUAGUGAAAAUUCUGUUCAAUAGGCUAUAUACAAUUGGUAGGAAUUAAAUGCGCAUUACACAUGCUUCCCCGUUAUGCAUUGUGACCAGAGAAAAAUCUAACCAUUUUGUGGCGAGAUUAUCUUCGAUAAAAAUUAAGUCACUGGGUAAAUAAAAGGUUUAUGGUGUUUUUUAGGAAUCUUGGUAAAACGUGCGAGUUUACGGAUGUUUUAAACCCCUUCACAUUGUGCAAUAUAUUAAACAUCAAGAUCGAAACUUUUGUGAACGAGAUGCAUUUAAACUGAUAAUUAUGUAAGCUUUUAUGGUGGAUUGCCAAGGUGAUGAAGCUGUGGUGGUUUAAAUGCAUGUCUAAUUUAUGAGCUGGUUUAACAUGAGACUUAACGGUAAAGUGCUUCAAUGUACUCUGAGAUAUCAGUGUAUCAGUGGCCCUUAUCUCUCGAGUGCUGCCUCCGAAUAUGAGCAGCAUCUUAACUGCAGUUACAGCUUUACUAAGAUAACUGUUUACUGGUGUGAAUAAAGUUAUUAAAACAGCGGGGAAUUAUUUUUAACAAUCCUCUGCACUUAAAAGACUUCUGACUUAGAAUAAAUUAACUCGUUGCGAAUACUUUAUUAUAUAAAAUCUGGAAAAGCGGUACACAUUAUAAGUAUUUUUUAAAACAAUUCUUCAUCAAUAUCGAUGUAUUGUAUCUUUACAGAUAGGCCCAUACAACAUUUUUCUUUAUAUGUAAAUGUGUUUUUGAGCAUUUUAAAGGCACGGAAGGUUGCCUGUAAAACUACGAUAAUUUAUACCGCUUGUAAACAAAUAAACGUUUAUAAAUGAU